UACUGACUCGAGUGAACGCAAUCAUGAAAAAUAUUCAACGUUUAAAGAAUGCUGAAUGAAGGGUUGGAAAUAACUUUAAGAGGAAAUUAUCGAGCGUGACGGAGUGACAACGUAACAGCUUUGGGGACACAAAUCCCAAAGAGCAACGUGGGAUCAAUGGAUAAUCUGAUAACGGAGUUGGUACACCUAGAGGUGACAGAGCAACAAAAGGUGCUGUCAGCUCUAGUGACACCAUUAUCCCCUGAGAAGCAACUGUCUCUCCUGCUUCCUACUGUCUCCAAAGCCUCAGGUUAUGUGAAAUGGCGCCUAGCGGUUACACUAGCCUGGCAGGAUACCCCAGACCUGUUGGAGCUUUUGCCUACAGAACUGCAGGUUAUGGUUCUGCAAUAUUUGGAUGGUCCAAGUCUCCUCACUGCUUGUCAAGUAUGCCAGGGAUGGAACAGAGUACUGAUGAACCAUGGGCAGCUAUGGCUAAAGAAGUGUCAUCAGCUUGGGGUCAACAUGGAUCUGUUAUCUCAGGGAACAAACUGGCACGAAGUCUACGUGUCAUGUCUACGCCAACUCACAUCUCUGAAGAAUGGCACAGCUUUUGUUGAACGAUUCAUGCAACUCCAAAACUGCAAUAAAGCUGUGAAGGCUGUUGAUUACCAGGAUGGCUAUUUGUGCACAGUGUCAGAAGAAGACUACGUGAAUAUUUGGCAGUUAGACCUGAACAUCCCCAUCCUGACUUUCCCAGUUGAACGAGCUGUCUCAUAUAUCAAGUUCAGACCCAAGCAGUUACUGGUUUGUGGUCAUUUUGUUGGUAUAUUGACUUCAUGGGACUUGAGUGCGAUGGACAAACAGUCUAGUGUAGUGUACAGUGGUGUGAAUAACCUUUCAAGUGAAUUUCAACUACUAAGAUGCAAGUUCAAAAUGCAUGCUGGGCCAGUAUUUUGCUGUGAUUUUUCUAAUGAACUGGACCUUUUGAUAAGUGGUGGCGCAGAUGACUGUAUAAACUUAUGGUGUCUCUCCUCAGGGUUGAAAGUAAAAUCCUUACCCCAUCAGGAGGCCUGGGUGUUGAGGGUCAUCUUGAUGCCUGUCACUACUCACGCACAGAAACACUGUGUCAUCUCCAUGACUAGAGAUUCUGUCAACAAACUUACAUGGGAUGCACAUUGCAGUGAAAGCUCAGGAAAAGCAGAUGUGGGUUCAAAGAAGAUGGGCAACAUAGACCAAAUUCAGAAUAAAAUGUGUGUCCGUUUGAAUGAAGGAAACCAUAACUUCUUUACGCCUGGUCUUCAUUGUAGCCAGAAAUAUAUUGGACUGAUAAAACAAGACAUUGAUGAAAAGCAUGCUUGCCUAUGCGUGUAUGAUAUAGAAAAUUUUGACCUUAAGUAUAAUGUUACAUUGAAUUUUAAAGUGAAAAAACUCCUUGCUCUUGGCAAUAGAUAUGCCUUACUUCUCACUGUAGGAUGUGUUCUAUAUUCCUCAACCUUAAUGGUGGUUGAUAUAGUCACUGGAGAGAGUAUUGGAUCACACACCAUUCCACAUUCAAAAAUGACAACACCAGAUGGAGCACAGCUGAUGGUCGGGGAUGUUGAGUGGUUAGACGGUCUCAGGGGUCAGGUAGGUCCAAGUUCUGCUACACCAGCUGUCACGAGGGAGGAUGAGGGAGGCGAAGGAACAGCCGAAGAACAGCAUGAUAUACCCGAGGAUAUCGGGAACCUGUGUUUAGAUGCAAGAAUUCAACAGCUGAGCAUUUCUAGCGAACCAGAAAAGAGUUCCCUGACGCUGGAGAGGCCGAGUCGCCUCGUGCUCGCGGCCGGGGUGCAGAGCGAACCAGGCAGUUUGUUUACGCUUUGGUGGUCUUACUCGCAUGCAACUACGAAGUGUAAGAAGGAGUAGGCGUUUUCGUGUUGCUUACAAGAUGUGAUAAUCGGGUUUUCAGUACCUUUCUCUGCUUCUUGGAGCGGUUUCAUUGUUUGCUUGUUAUUAGGACGCGCGUGUAUGUGUGUGUGAUCUGUUUGUACGAGAAUGUUCUAGCGUUUGGUUUGUCACUUUUACUGGCCUGAUGUCAUAGGCGUUGGCCAGUUUCUAUGCACUGAUGUCAUAUUCUAUGAGUUGUAGUUUUAUUGAAUUGCUUAUUGUGAUAGAUCCGUACUUAGAAUGUGUCAUGUUUCGUGUAUACAACGUUUAAUAGUGAGAGGACAGAAUUAGAGGGACAUUUUAUAAAGAUCUAAUGAAAUCAAACUAUUUUGACGGGAAUUUAAGCAGUUAUUCUAGUCCACAAAUCGCUCUUUAGAAUAAAUUGUACAUGCCAAAAAUAAUACAUAUACACCAUUCA